AUGGGGGCCAGUUUAGAGACCCCUAGACGAAGAUCAUUGAGAUUACAGAGAAUGAAUGAUUUAUCCAGCUCCCAGUCCAGUGAAGAGUCGUCCUGUAUUGAUCUAACUGAUGAACACCCUGAAUAUAUAGAUCUAACAAGUUCAUUGAGCGUUUCUCCUUUAUCCCUCAGACCAGUUGUGUUACCAUUGUCUCCUAUAGAAGCUAGUACAGGUAGAAGAAGCAGAAGUAACAGUCGAAGAGGUCAGAGAUCUAGUUCUCGACGUGGAGACGAUAGUUCAGUAGAAAUUAUCUCAACACCUCAACCUUAUACUACUAACAGACGAGCCAAUCGUCGUAGAGGUAGAGCCACUGAACCAGAAUUAAACAAUUCAGUACAAAUAUUACCCACUACGGAUGUAGUUACUGUUGCUGACUCGUCUCAAGAGAGUCUAGAAGUUGCCUCCCCUCCCAGAAUAUCUAGCCUUGCUAAUAAUCCAAAUAUCUACACCUCCCCCAUUCCAGUCAAAAUAACCUGUCCUAUUUGUAUGGAUGAUGAUAGACAGAUCAAAAGAACUGGCCGACAGUUAACGUCAACAGUUUGUGGUCAUAUUUUCUGUAGUCAAUGUAUCAAACAGUCUCUACGAUCAUUCCAUACCUGUCCAACGUGUCGUAAAUCUUUACGUAUGAAUCAAAUCCAUCCCAUCUUUCUAUAA